AUGUCAAAUGAACCUCCAGGGCACGAUAUCUUCUGCACUCCCGAAAACAGCGAGUUUCUCUCUCAAGUCCACUAUAAAGACCUCAACGCUAGCGACAGAGAAAUCCGUCUUCUCAAAAUCCUACCUAAAUCGCGAUCAGGCUUCGUCGAAUGCGAACUAUUACCCAGCGUGAAACUCGCUGACGUGCAUAAGCAAUAUCUUGCACUUUCUUACUGCGCAGGCGAUGCACGCAACACAAAACCUAUCAUAGUCAAUGGAGCAAGAUACAACGUUUUUGCCAACCUACACCACGCCUUGUCAACAGUUCGUCACUAUUGGGAGACGCAUACCUAUCAUCGGGAUUUGUUCCUAUGGGUGGAUCAAAUAUGUAUUAACCAGGCAAACCUGAUGGAGAGGUCUCAUCAAGUCGGUUUCAUGAGAGCCAUUUAUGAGAGUGCGAAAGAGACUCUUAUUUGUUUAUCUGUCGCUGAGACACGAGGAAACGGCAUGGGAUGGCUUGUGCAGCUGGAGGAAACUCUUGUCAAUCGGUCGAUUAUCGGGGAGACAUUUCCAUCAGAAGACCGGGCCUAUUCCCAAUUUUAUUUCUCAACUCAUCAGUUUCGAACUGAGAUGGAGGAACGCCUGAGCCAGCAUGAGUUUGCAGAUGGUUGGAUCAAGUUCUGCGAUGUCUUGAACAGCCCAUGGUGGGGGAGAGCAUGGGUCUUCCAAGAGUUCAUGGUGUCUUCUCGAGCGACGUUCCUAUAUGGACUGCAAUCAAUGGCCUACCCGGAAAUGCUGAGACUGAUUUGCGAUGUUUGCCUGGCGACGCUGGAGAUACUUUUCGAACCAAAGAAGACCCGUGGGACAUACGCCAAGAAAAGGCUCAAGCGUGCCCAGGCUACCCGAGCCCAGAUUUCGCACUCAAUUUCCAAGGUUCUUAGUGUCUUUCUCGCUAAAAAAGAAUGGUAUCGAAAAUUCGAUCUAAAAAGGCUUCUGGUUUACACGCAAAACUGCCAAUCCUCUGAUGAACGGGAUCGGAUCUACUCUAUGAUCGGACUCGCGCAUCCUGGUUAUUCAAUAAUACCGGACUAUUCAUCUAACAACGGUAUUGAAACGCUUCUGGUGGAAACAAUGAAGCGUAUCAUAACCUUUGAGGAUAGCCUGGAUGUCCUAUCAUACCUAAGUCGCGGUGAUUCCUCAUCUUCGGGCCAGGGACAGCUGCUGCCCUCAUGGGUCGUUGAUUGGACCAAAGUUCGAAAUCCCCUUGAGCCUAUACUGUACACGACGAAAACCGACUGGGAUGGCAGCAAGUUCGUUGCCCACUAUAUCAGAGCAGGGUAUGCUGAUGCUUCAUUCGUCCAGGUAUCACAUCCGGUACACUCUGAAUUAAAGACUACUGCGUUACAAGUGUGGGCUGUAUUCUUAGAUUCCGAUUUCAUUCUCGGUAAUGGGAACAUCUUUGCUGGCGAGAACACUUUCUUGUUCAGGGCUAGUCUUCCGGUACAACGAGAUGAUGAACUAUGGGUUCUCUGCGGCUCAUCGGAGCCUUUUCUACUGAGGAGAUAUUCGGGAGGAUAUAGGAUCAUUGGGCCGGUGCUUUGCUUAACUUUGACAAUACAACCUCCUCUGCAGGAGUUUGCAAACUUGAGCAAGUACACUGACGAAUCGGGAGACCUUGACCCUUCCAAGAUGGAGAGGAAACGGAUCACGAUCUUUUAG